AUGAAUGGAAGUCCACGAGACGUGCGGAUGAAAAGAGAGUCUGAUAAUAUCUCAAUGUCAACUCAAUCGAAAAGAAUGCCGAUGCUAGAACUUAAAGUUUAUGUGCGUGUUGUGGCUGCAGUAUUCUCGAUCUCAUCGGCCACAGCAUUUGUGAUGGCUCUUCUAAGGAUUCUCAACCCAGAUCUAUACUACCUUGAACCUUUGGAUGGAAGCGAUAUAGCAAUCAACUACGUGGUGUCAGGGCUAAUGAUAGUGACGAGUGCUAUCGGGUUCCUCAACAGCUGUGUAGUCCUGAACCGCGGCUCUGCCCACAACUGCGGCCGGAAUAUCACCACUUGGCUCCUACUGGACUCCCUGUUCGAGACAACGAGGGUCAUUUAUGUGUUCAUGUGCGAAAUUGUGAUCAAGGGACGCGGACCGCUGCAAAUAUACGAGCUGUUGAUAAGCAUUGCCCAAUACUUAUUGGACAGUUUUCUGUACUGUCAGAUGAUACUCCGCCAC